AUAAACUAACAUGCACAAGAAAAUUAUAGUUACACAUAAAAGAAAAAAAAAUUGAAAAACAUAGAAAUGAAACAGAAAAAUGAAGGGAACCGAAGAUGUGAAGCUUCUUAACUUUUUGUUGAGUCCAGUUGGUCGAAGAGUUGAAUGGGCUCUAAAACUCAAAGGUGUUGAGUAUGAAUAUAUAGAAGAAGAUAUCUUCAACAAAAGCAAUCUCCUCUUGGAAUUGAACCCGGUUCAUAAAAAAGUUCCGGUUCUUGUUCAUGGCCAGAAAUCAAUUGCAGAGUCAUUGAUUAUUCUUGAUUACAUUGAUGAAACAUGGAAGCAAUAUCCAUUGCUGCCUCUCCAUCCAUAUCAAAGAUCAAGUGCUCGCUUUUGGGCUAAGUUAUCUGAUGAGAAGCUUGCGUUGGGUUCAUGGAGAGCAAUGGUGAGGGAAGGUGAAGAAGGGGAAAAGUAUCUAAAGGAAGCAAGAGAAGUAAUGGAGAAGUUAGAAGAGGAGAUAAAUGGAAAGAAAUUCUUUGGAGGCAACAACAUUGGGUACCUUGAUCUUGCUCUUGGAUGGAUCACUUGUUGGCUUCCAAUUUGGGAGGAAAUUGGGUCAAUGCAGGUACUUGAUCCAUUAAAAUGUCCAUCCAUCUCUUCUUGGAAGAUCAAUUUUCUGAAUCAUCCUGUCAUUAAAGAUAACUUGCCACCAAAGGAUAAAAUGAUUGCUUAUUGUCACCGUCGCAUAGAGGAGUUUUCUUCAACUCAUCAUGGUUAAUUGGUUGUUGAUUAUGCAUGCAUGUUUGAGUUUCAUUUGAUAUUUUGAGUAACUUAUAUGUCGUACUUGGGUUGUAAAUUAUGUAUGUAGUGCUAAAUAAAUUAGUAUGGAGGUCAUCCUAUAAGGAUUUUGCAA